AUGUCCGAUGGCCGCAAGACGCGCUCGUCGUCGUCUUUCCACUUCGUCGCCGGCCUAAGCUCCGGCAUCCUCUCCGCCGUGCUCCUCCAACCCGCCGACCUGCUCAAAACCCGCGUCCAACAAGCCCGCACCACCACCCUCCUCUCCACCAUCCGCUCCAUCGCCAGCGCCCCCCACCCCGUCCGCAACUUCUGGAGGGGCACCCUCCCCUCCGCCAUCCGCACCGGCUGCGGCUCUGCAAUCUACUUCUCCACCCUCAACGCGCUGCGCCAACGAGUCGCCUUCGCGACCCUCGUGCGCAACAACGCCAAUGGCACCGCCAACCCGCAAGCCGGCGGUGGGGGCCACUCCUCCUCGCUGCCCAAGCUCUCCAACACGCAGAACCUCCUCACAGGCGCCGCGGCACGCACCUGGGCCGGCUUCAUCCUCAUGCCCGUGACCGUCAUCAAAGUGCGCUACGAGUCCUCGCUCUACAACUACACCUCCCUCUUCUCCGCGAUCCGCGCCAUCAUCGCGUCCGAAGGCCCGCGCGGCUUCUUCGCCGGCUUCGGCGCCACCGCCGUGCGCGACGCGCCUUACGCGGGCCUAUACGUGCUCUUCUACGAGCAGAGCAAGCGGCGGUUGUCCGCUUUCGCGGCGCGGUUGCAGUACCAAAAAGCCCUGAAGAAGUCGGAGACGGGCGCCGUGAGUCCGGAGAUAGCGGCGGGCCUGUUGAGCGGGCGUACGGCGGCCAGCAUCAAUUUUGCGAGCGGGGUGGCGGCUGCGGGCUUGGGGACUGCGAUGACGAAUCCGUUUGAUGCUAUCAAGACGCGGUUGCAGCUGCUUCCGCAAAAGUACGGGAAUAUGGUGCAGGCUUCGAAGCUGAUGCUGAAAGAAGAGGGGGUUAGAGCGUUGUUUAACGGCCUGGGGAUUCGCAUGGCGCGGAAGGCGGUUAGUAGUGCGCUGGCGUGGACGCUGUAUGAGGAGUUGAUCAGGAGAGCAGAGGUGAGGUGGAAGGAUGCCCGGGAUGCGGAGGAGGUGCUGUAA